GUGAGAAUCCCGCAGCGAAGACUUCCAAGUACUCCGUACCUGCGUGUGGAAUGCAGUCCCGCCGGAAGCUGAUAGAUAAGCACUGACCAUGAGUGGCACGCCGGGCUCCAAUGGCUCCCAUAGUCCCGGGCUAUUCAUCCCGGCGGUCAAAAUCGGUGCUGUGACCGGUACCGCUGGUCUACUAUAUGGCGCCACCUCUGGUGUCUUGAAAUUACAUCGCCAUCCAGUCAUCCACUCGAUAUCAACCGGAGUCCACUGGUUUGCCUUUGGGACCUCGUUUUGGUGGUUAAGAAGCAACAUACUGAGGAUUCAAUUCGAAGAGAAUCCCACUUCGAAGGAGCGCGCGUACGCGAGUGCUGUUGCCGGAGGUGUCUCGGGCGGUGCCGUAACAUGGGCUAUUCACCGGCGUUUCAUCCCCGGCAUGGUGGUUUUUUCCCUUUUAGGCUACCUGGGGCAGCUAUCUUAUAACGUUGCCGAUAGAUGGCACACCCAGAUAGCAGGGCUCCCCAAAAAAUCAUUGGCAGAUCGUGUUGCCGAGUCAAAAUGGAUGCCCAUCAAAGUAUUAACAGAUGAAAAGUACAAGGCCAUGUUGAACGAAAAAUUGCUCGGUGUGGAAGUGGAGAUUGCUUUGAUCGAUGAUCGGAUCAGGGAGCUCCGUGAGUCCCAAUUAUCUGACAAGCAAUAGUUGAGCAUGUCCUAGCCGUCUGCCUAAGCAGAAUGGAGUGUGGACCUUAUCGAAAUAUGGGUUUCUGAUGCGGGCCUGAAAUGAAGCGCAUUGUGCCAUGGCCUCUGCAGUGGAGCUGCCCAUACAUAUCCCCAGAGCGGCCCGAAGUGUAUAAUAUUGAAAUUUAAUCAACAACUGGACUAUCUAUGCACACACGUAUGUAUAUGUAUGUAUGUAUGAGUCAACCUUUUUCAAGUUUUUUUCAUGUCAUUCCUGCGAGAAUCUAAAUUAUGUGAUUUUUUUC